GUUAACGCUCAGCAAAACUUCUUCCUGUUUCUCCCGAAGCCAUGGCCUUGACGCAAGCAUUUGUGCUUCCAUCUGUUCCGCUGGUGCUUUCUCCGACUUCCCGGCCUGUCCAACACUCCGUUCAGGAUAGGCGAUCGGAGCCGUUUGGAAGCCUCUGCAAGAUUGCUUUGAGUGCUGCUGUGGCACAACGUAUUUUGACCAAGUCGGCUCGACGUGCACAACAACCCAAAGAUGCGAAAGAGCAUCGGCUCACGACAAGGAAAACGUCUGAUCCACAGAACAUUACCAUGCUGGACAUGGGCACUGCAUACACAGUGAAGGAGGACUUGAGCAAGCCAAGACUUACUGUGGCUAAAUCGCAGCAGGACAAAGUCACUGUCCGAAAAGGCAAAGACACCAAGGCGAAGGACCCCAAGGAACUCAUCAGCGAGGUGGCCGCUGAGUCGCCCGACAUGGAUGAGGACUUUUUGAAGGAACUGCUGGAGAUGACAGCGAUUGAACGAGCAGAUCUCAUAGAAGAAUUGACACGGAAGGCUUUCGUUCUCAUGGAGGCCGGUGAGAUCCCUGAAGCCAAGCAACACUUGGAGCGAGCGAGCCGAAUUGCUGCUGCCUUCGAACGUCUCAAUCAGGAGGUCGAAAUCAUCCGGGAAAAGCGCUCUGCGGGCGGAAGAGUGGACGAGACACAGGUUGUAUUGGAGUUGCGGGAGGAGUUGGACAGUGAAGACUUUGCCAAGAUCUUUGGGCCACAAGCGAGGUUCACGGCCGAGAGUUCCAGAGGGCGCACAAAGACUCUUGCCCUGUCGUGCCGGUUGAAGCAUGCCGACCAAAUCGUAUGUGUCAUUAAGAGCCAUACAGUCGAUCAUGAACACUAGGAAUCACGUGCAGUCCUUUAAAACCUCUACCCGUGCCUGAUUGGACAUGCUUCACACUUGAACAGUGAGAUCAGCCGUACUGCGUGUUUGGAGUAGCAGCUUGCGG